AUGGAUCCAGGCCAACUUCCCUUGCACCGUCAAAUUCCCCUCGUCCGCGAAGUCCUCUCAACAAACCCUACUCUGCUAGCGGUGCUUACUCGAGCCGCAACUCUCAAUCUCCCGCAUUGGUAUCUCGCAGGCGGCGCCUUGUCGCAGACCAUCUGGAACCACGUCUCGAGACUUCCACCCCAGACCGGGAUCCGCGAUUACGACCUCGUGUACUACGACGAUUCAAACCUGUCGUACGAGGCCGAGGAUUCCGCCAUCCAAGCGGGGAAACGCCUCUUUGCCGACAUCGAUGUCGAGGUCGAGAUCCGGAACCAGGCUCGCGUGCAUUUGUGGUAUGGCAAGAAGUACGGGCUGCAAUGUCCACCGCACGUGAGCGUGGAGGCUGGUAUAGACACGUGGAUCUCGAUGAGUGCCAUGAUUGGUGUGAGGCUGGAUCCGAGCCGGGAGGAGUGGAUUCUGUAUGCCCCGCGAGGCCUGUCCGACUUUUUCAAUAUGGUUGUGAGGCCUAAUCCCGUGCUGGGGACGCGGGAGGCGUACGAGAAGAAAAAGAGUGGCCGGUGGCGGAAGAUGAUGGAAGGCACCAAAGCGCGCGAUGAUCUGAUGAACAACCCACAAGUCCAUCUUGACCAAACCAGAGCGAAUACAAGUCUAAUCUAG